AUGAUAGACAGAAAAAAGAGUCACGAUAAAAUAAAUAAUGGAUAUAAAGGAAAAUUCUCGGAUAAAUUAUUAACGAAUAACGGAAAUAUGAAGAAUCAGAAUUUCAACGAAAAUAAGCAACAAAAUGAUUUUACAACAGCUGAAGCUGCAUGGAUGGAAAAGAAGCAGAAAUUAUAUAAAGACGCAAAUAAUCAACCAUUGUGGGAUUUUAGAAAAAUACAAAUUAAUCCAACCGACGUAGAUGAAUUGGUUAGUUUUCCUACAAAUAAAAUAACAUCCAACAAGUAUGGAACUUACUCGUUUCUUUUUAAGAGCAUAUACGAGCAAUUUUUACGCUUACCUAAUAUUUGGUUUUUGCUUAUAUCCUUGUUAGAAUUUAUGCCUGCUCUCCAAAACCUAACUAAUUAUAUGUAUUAUUCAAAGCAUUAUUCCAUAUAUUUAUUAAUAUGUUUUAUAUGUGUAUCUAUUAUCAAAAAUGUGUAUGAAGAUUCUAGAAGAUCAAAUAUAGAUUCUCAAAUAAAUAAUAGAUUAUGUCAUAUUGUAGAUGGUUCUAAUAAUCAGCUAAAAGCCGUUAGAUGGAUGGAUUUAACUGUUGGUACUAUUAUUCGCUUGAUAGAAAAUGAGCAAGUACCUGCUGAUAUCCUUUUGCUCAGUUGUAAUAAUAAUGAAGGAUUAGUAUACAUUGGAACAUCCCUAAUAAAUGGAGAAACAAAUUUAAACAAAAAAUGUUGUGUUAAGGAAACUAGAAAUGAAACAUCUAUUUAUGGAAUCUGUCAUAUAAAAGGAAGAAUCAUUUGUGAAAAGCCAAAUAGUAAUAUGGAAUCAUUUAAUGGGUCAUUGAAAUUAGAUGCACAUCCGCGUGCUACAUCUUUAUCCAUUAACAAUGUUGUUUUUAAAGGAUCUUACAUAAAAAACACAGAUUACAUUUUUGGAGUUAUUAUAUACACUGGGAUAGACACAAAAAUGAUGAAAAAUAUUUUUAAAAAUACAUACAAAUCUGGAUAUGUUAAUAAAGAAUUAAAUACAUAUACUAUAUUUACUCUUCUCUUUUCCCUCAUUGUUGUGUUUAUAUCAGUUUUGUGUAAGUGGACAGAAGAUGAAAAAUUCAAAAAUGGAACUCAUUUUUUAUUAAUAACAGAGAAAGAUAGUCUAUUUGAAUCCAUUAUCAAGUAUAUCUUGCUCUAUGCAAAUAUCAUCCCAAUUAGUAUCCUAAUAACUAUCGAUCUAAUUUCUAUAUUACAAAGUAUGCUAAUAGAAAAUGAUAACAGAAUUAGUACAUUCGAAAAUGAUUUAUCCGAAUAUUCUAUCAUGGAUGAAAAUGAUGAAUAUGAUACUUUAAGCAUUAUCAAAUCCUGUAAUUUUUUUAGAAAAUAUACAUAUUUUCUAAACAAUUUUAGUAGAAGAAAUUUUACAAAAAACAAAAUUGCUGCAGCCAACACAGAUGCAAAUUCUGAAAACAGGAAAAGUUUUAUAAGCACAUUUGAUAAACUAAGGGUUCUCAAAAGUUAUUUUCAUAAUAGAAACAGUUUAAUGAGUACAAAAGCGAACUCCAAUGCGGUUUAUAAUAGGAGCUCCAUAGCAGAAAGUGAUAAUAUUCAACAGAAAAAUGUAGACACUACUUACAACUUUACAAAAGAAAAAAAUGUCCUUUUAAAGAAAAAUAAAUCUAUUAAUUUUGAAACGAAUAUAUCUAGAAAUCAUAUAUCCUACAAUAAAUACGUGAAGAGUGCUUCAUCUGCCAUGGUCUCAAACAGGGAAUAUAUAAUGCGAGAUAAAUAUUCUGUUAACCUAUCAAACAAAGGAUUGCAAAGAGCUGUUGGUACCAAUUAUAGGAUUGAUGGCAGGACUCCUUACCUUACGGAUGAUGUUACUGAUGGUAUUUCCGAAAUCGGUCCUUAUGCACCCAGUAAUUAUUCUAAUAAUAACAAAGGAAUUUUGGUAAAUAAUAAGAACACAACGAAGGAUGGAAGAAACAUAUUUCACACUCUUUUUCCAUUUUUACAAAAGGGAAAAAAAGGAAUCAAAACAACUUAUUCAGCCAAAAAAGUAGAUAAGACAAAGAAUAUCGGCAAAUGCUAUUUUCCUGAUGCCCGAUUUGUUUCAAAUGAUGAUGAAUAUGGAUGGGGCAUUUGUCUUAAUUCAAAUAUGCAUGGUGAUUUGGGAAAUGUUGAUUUCAUAUUUACUGAUAAAACAGGAACAUUGACAAACAAUAGUAUGUCUUUUAACAUGUGUUCCAUUGGUGGGAGGACAUAUGGAGAAAGGCGCAUGAGCAAAAAGGAAAAAAGUAGAAAGGGAAAAGAUGUCAAUCAGAAUCCGAUGUAUUUUUACGAUAGUGAUAACAACGACAUAAACAGUGUUUAUAACAACAAUAGUGUUUAUAACAGCCACGGCGAUCAUGACAACAGCAAUCAUGGAAAUGGCAAUAGCUUCUAUAAAAAGCGAAAAUCCGAAGACGUGUUUGCAAAAAAAAUCUCCUUUGCUGCCAACGUCUACAAUGAAUCGUUUUCUGAAUGUGGAAAAGCUCAAGAAAGUAAAAGUAAAAAGAAGAAUCGCCAUUUUAGCCGUGGGAACACCACAUGUGAAUAUCAGCCGCAUUACACUUGUGAAAAGGAUAAUAUACAAUCCAUAGAUCAUAAUAAUUUAGAUGAAGAAAGUAAUGUGUUUCCAAAUUAUAAAUCUAGUUAUUUUUGGCAUUAUCGAUCGAAAAGUGUUAAUCGCAAAAAUUCUGGCAACUCCUUAAAAAAGUCUUCAACAUUGAGAAACUCAUCAAGGUUCUCCUCUUCAUUAUCGUCAAUGUCUUCCUCUUGUUCUUCUUCUCUCACAUCAUCCUCUUGCCUCUCAUCUGAUUCUUAUUCACAAUCAUCUGCUUACUCUUCUGAUAUUUCAAAUAGCUUCAAUUCUUCUUUCAUGUAUUCAUCGUCCAACAACGACAAAUAUGAAAUGAAUAACGAUUUGGACAACACUAGAAGCUACUCUGAAUUGAGGGAAGAAAAAAAUGACAAAAAUCAUCUUCAAGAUGAAACUAAAAAUGAUGAUAUAGAUAAAGACAAAUGCAAUGAUAAUGAAAAAUACCCUAACCAGUCUAGGUAUGGCUUCUACUUUUUUGACAAAAAUUAUCAAAAUUAUUUAAUGCAACAAAAAUGUUGCAGACCAAAAAAAUUCAGGAUCAAUAUGAACCCUGAGUCUAUUAAAUCCAGAUGUGAUUUCAAGGAUAAAAGAAUUUAUGAAGAUUUGAAUUCAGACACUUGGAGAGGUUAUUAUAUAGAUGAAUUUUUUAAAUGCAUAACACUUUGUCAUGCUGUUGUUCCAUUUAUUCAAUUUGAUUUUAUCAGAAAUAAAAAUUUAUCUCAUUACGCUUCACGAAGUUCUAAAGGCGCUUCUCAAUAUCAGGAAAGAUAUAAUAAUACUCCUAAAGGAUCCUCAAAUGAUGUAGUAAAAUCGAAAAAUGAAUCCAAUGUUCAAACAUCCAUAGAUUACGACUGCGAGGAGGAGUUGGAUGACGAGGAUUUAGAGGAUAAGGAUGGAGGAAGUAAAUUAGAAAAGUGCCAAAAAAAGUGGACCUAUGAAAACUUGGAAAAUGCUAAGGGUAGGACUAGUAGUAAUGCUAACCAAACAGUUGUUAAUACAAAAAAACGAAGUGAACUAAAUUUGUAUAAUUAUAACACUAUGAAGAAUUUAAAAGGCAAAAAUGAAAAGACAAGGAAUAAUAUUAAAUUUAAAUUCCUUUUCAGUAAGAAUUAUAGAAAAAAUAAAAAAAGUUUUACAUCACGAAUUAGCUCAGAGACAUUCAAAGGGGUAGAAAAAAAACAUUCAAAUAGAUGGAAUAGAUAUUUACAUAUGAAAAAAAGUAAAAAUUUAUUAUCGAAUGAAAAGAAUAGUAGAAAGAGUGAGAGUGUAUACAUCUCCAACAGGAUUAGCGUAGUUUCCUUUAAACAAAUAUCCAAGGAAAAAUUGUUAACCUUGAGCAGUAGUUCGAGUAUUCAAAAUAGCAAUGGAAGAAACGGAAGAGGUGGUGGAGGAGAAAAAAAAUGUAAAACUAAAACUUGCAAUUUAAAAGAAAGAAGUACUGAAGUAACUUCAUUUUUUACUGAAAAGGGAGAUUUCAAUAAUGCAACAAAUACUAAUAACCCAUCUUAUGAUGAAAGAAGGAUUUCCAAAAAGCUGGAAGAAAGAAAUACAAUACAUCAAUCUUAUUUUGAUUUGGAUAAAUGUAGGGAUAUAAAAAUGGGAGAUAAUUAUACAUCUGAAUCCUAUACCUAUUGGGAUGCUAUAAAAUAUCAGUCUAGUUCUCUUGAUGAAGAAUGCUUAAUAUACACAUCUAACUACAUAGGUUAUAGACUAAUAUUAAGAAACCAAAAUACUAUGUGUGUCGAAAUAGACGGAAAUUUACACAAAUGGACAAUAAUUGGAGUAAAUGAAUUUACAAAUAAAAGGGGUAGAAUGUCUGUCGUUGUUAAGCCAGAGUAUAUGCAAUCAGGAUCUAUUCUAUAUGUGAAGGGUUCCGACACUUCCAUUCUAUCCUUGCUAAAUUUGAAGUAUAGCAAAUUUUUGGAAAAGAAAAAGAAAAAGAGAAAAAGAAGAAAACAAAAUAGUGAAAAACGAACAACAAAAGUAAACCAAUCUAACAAUGAUGGAAUAAAACAAAGAAAAGGAGACAAAUUAUAUACGAAUAAUGAGAAAAGAGACAACGAAGAACAACAUAAAAACAAUGAGGAUUGUGAUAACCCUCAAUCGGAAUUUUGCAAUCAAUCAGUAUGUUACAAAAAUGAAAAUAUGGGCUACAGUUAUUCUGAACAGUAUGACGCUAAUAGUGAGCACCCCGGUGGAGAUAUAAAUGACAUUCAUCUCUACCCUGAAUAUAAUAUGAAAAAUUCAAAUUGGAAAUAUAUAGAACGGUAUAGGCAUCUAGAAAAACAACUACGAAAAUUUUCAGUAAAAGGGCUAAGAACCAUGGUAUUUGCAUUUAAAUAUUUAAAUGAACACGAAACAGCAAAGUAUAAAAAGAUGUAUGAUGAUGCUCGCAUGUCGAUUUAUAACAAAGAGGAGAGACUCGAAAAGGUGGCUGAAACUGUAGAAACAGAUUUAACCUAUUUAGGAAUCACAGGGGUUAAAGAUAGAUUACAAAAAAAUGUAUCCAAGACAAUAGAAAUAUUAAGCCAAUCUGGAAUUCGAAUAUGGAUGCUAACAGGCGAUAAUGUAGAAUAUUCAUUACACAUUUCCUUUUUAUGCAAAUUUUUAAACUCACAUACGAAAAUAUUUCAUGCCAUGUUAGAAAAUACGAAUUAUAAGAAAUUAAAACGAGAAGGAAAAGCAUUAUAUGAAUUGUUUCAAUUAGAGAAAGAGGAUAAAAAACCUCAUGAAAAAUUAUGUUUAUUAAUAAAUGGAAAAAAUUUACAGAAUUUUUUAAAUCAUACUGAUUUACAAACCCAUUUUUUAAACAUGGCAUGUACUUCAGACGUAGUUAUUGCUUGCCGAAUAACCGCUAGACAAAAGGCAUUCCUAGUUCAACUGAUAAAACAUAGACUAACACCAACACCUAACACAUUAGCUAUUGGAGAUGGAGCAAAUGAUAUAGCAAUGCUUCAAGAAGCAAAUAUAGGAGUAAGCAUUAUGACACCUGAUUGCAUCAUAUCUGCGGGAUAUUCAGACUAUUGUAUAAAAAAGUUUUGUUAUCUUAGGAAACUAUUGUUAAUAUAUGGAUCAAAACAUUUAUAUACUAUUAGUAUAAUUUUAUAUUGGAAUUUUUUUAAAAAUAUAAUUCUCAUAUUACCUGUUUUUUUUUAUCAAGCAUAUGCAUCCUGGAGUUGUGUAAAGAUAUACCCAGAAUUGUUAUACACCUUUUUUAACAUUUUUUGGAUAUUUAUACCGAUAAUUUAUUAUAUAUUUUUACAACAUAAUUUAAAUUAUGACAUAUUGUAUAACAUUCCUUUAUUUUAUGCUCUUAGUAGAAGAAAGUAUAAUAUGAGUAUGCUAAAAUUCUUUCCAUGGGUAAUUGAGGCCAUUUUUUAUUCAGUUAUAGUAUUUUUUUUUGCAUAUACAGCACUAAAGGAAAAUUCUCAUUUGAGUAAUGGUGAAGUAGUUACGAUCAGUACUUUUGGAAAUAUUUGUUUUCUAGGCUGUUUUUUAAUUUCCAUUCUUCGUCUUUUUAUGGAAGGAUCUCUAUGGUCUCCAUCCAUAUUGAUCACAUGUUUGGGUUUUUGUCUUUUUGUUUUUUUCCCUUCUAUUGUGUUUAUCUCAUUUGCUUACUUGUCUAAUGAUUACAUAAGGGAGGUCUUCAGACAGACCUUUUUGUGGACCCCUCUUUACAUUCUUCUAAUUCUUUGGUUCACAACUUGUAUCAUAUGUUACAUAUUUAUCAAUUUUAUAAAAGCUGCUAUGUUUCCAGACAUCUAUAACGUUGUCAACCAUUGGUUAUUCGAGCAGUAUCAGGAAAAGAGAAAUAAACACAAGUAUGUCUAUUUCUUAUCGAAGCAGAAAAAAUUUUUAAACUUAAAAAAAUUCGGAAGAAAAAUUAAACAUAGAUUCAAGAAACUUGUAUGUAAGAAAUACAAAUUUAAUUCCUCUACGAAUGAUUUAAAUCGAGAACAAAAAUUAAAGGGUAAUGUUAAAAAUUACUUGAAUAAACAGCCAAAUAUGGAUAUCUCUUAUCUCUCUUCAAAAGCAUUCAACAAAUCAUUGGAUUCAAAGUUUGAUCAUCAUGCCUAUGAAACAAAUGUCGAUAGUUUGGAUUACAACGACGAUACACAUUUUGAUGAAGAGAAAAGUUAUGCAGGUGCUCGAGUUUCAUUGUGUGAGCAAACCAUUCAUGGGAUGGAAUAUUUUAGUCAAUCUGAAGAUGAUGAAUAUGAGAAGCAGGGUUACCGGGAAGACAGGAGAAACAUGAUCAAUGGGCAUAAUAAGAAUAGUGUAGAUAAUCCGAACGAACUAGAAAUUAAGGAAACACAAUAUAAACGCCAUGAACAAAGCGAGGGAGAAGAAAAAAUAAACACAUGGAAGCAAGCGAAGGAAAUAGGGAAAUUCCGAUUGAAAGAAAAAAACAAGAGUGAAUAUGAGACAAUGGGUGAUGCGCCUAAAAAUAGGAAGGGUCAAAUUGAGGAAUAUAAAGCAUCAAAAGAGGACCCAAAAAAGGAUCCAAAAAAGGACUCAAAUAACGAAAUGGUGAACAAAUUAGGAAAGGGAAAUGCUACAAGAGCUGAGAAGGUAGAUGUUUUCCAAAAGAAGAGCAAAAAAGAAAAUCUUGUUACUUCUAACACAGGAAAAAAUGAAAUAAUGUUUAAAAAUAUACGUAAGGAAAGCACACAUUCGUAUAAAGAGCAUGGCAACGAAAAUAAAGACAAAAAAGACGUCAUAAUAAAAAAUGGUAAAAUAAAGAAUGUCGAAAGGGACCUAUCUAGUAGUAACAUAAUGGAUUACAAAAAUGAACCAACAUGUAACAGUACAGUGAUUAGCGAACAUAAUGAUCAGAUGGAAGAUUCAGAACUAUUAUAUUCACCUUCAGAUGAAUAUGCAGAAUCGUCAGUUUCUCGAAUUGAUGAAUCGUUGAUGUCUGAAAUGAAGAAUUGUUUAAACCCAUUAAAAAAUACUUUUUUGGUAGAUUUGUUACCACAAGGGAAACGAUUUCAAAUUAAUGAAGAUCAUGUAUUCUUCAAAAAUAACGAAAAGAUGGAACACAUUCCUGAACCGUUAGAUGUGAAUAAGAGAAAUUAUCACAUUAUACAAAAUAAUGCUGAGUUUUAUGAUAAUGAAUCUACGUCCGAAUUUUCCUAUACAAGCACAGAUAGUCUGAAUGAUUACAAUGAUAAGAAGAAAAAACAAAACGAAAAUUCACAAAAAGAAAUUGUGAAAGUUAGCAGUUUGAUUAACAGAUUUACUUUAGCAUUUAAAGACAUGCAACUGGAAUCUGGAUUUCAAGUACACAAAAAAAAUAAAUUUUACAAAAUUUUUACCCCAUGGUAUCGAUUUAUUUUUAUUCUAUUAGGUAUCUUUUUUUUGUAUAUUUGGAAGUUAGAAUCCUCCUUGAGGAAAUAUUGGAAUGUAUCAUCAAAUGCUUCAACAGAUUUGUUUGUACUUAUCUUGUCCUUAUUACUAGAAUUGGUGCUCAUUGCUGCAACUGUUACUACUUUUUUACAAAAGAUAUUUAUAGAAAAUUUUAACAAAAUUAUUAGUGCAGUAGUUAUAAUAAUAAUAACUCAUCAUGUAGUUACUUAUUCAAUUACACAUAUUGAUGGAGUUUUUCAAGCAGUUCUUUUCCCUCUAUACACAUUCGUUAUUUUGAGACUACCUUUUGUUAAUGCUGUAUUGUGUAAUAUUAUUUUUUUAAGUCUCUUCAUUAUAAGAUUUGAAGGAGAUCACUUUUUAGAUAAAAAAGGACUAGCUCACUAUAUCCCUUUAUUUAUAGGAGUUGAUGUAUUUGUAGGUUUCGUUGGGUAUCGUUUAGAAUAUAAUCAAAGAAAAAAUUUCUUAUUAGAAUAUUCCGUUGAAUCUUCUAGAAGAAAACAAAGAGAAAUAUUAAAUACUAUGCUUCCACCCUUUGUUGUUGAUGAAAUGAUAUAUUCUGAAUUGAAUGAAGAAGGAAUACCAACGUCGUUAAAAGCAGAAGAUAUCGAAACUGUUACUGUAAUUUUUUGCGACAUUUAUGAAUUUCAAAAUAUUGUUGCUAGUAUUGAACCUACUAGACUUGUGGAAGUGUUAGAUAGACUCUUCCUGUGUUUUGAUAAAUGCACAGAACAAUUUAACUGCACCAAAAUCGAAACAGUUUUUGAAACUUACCUUGCUGCAUGCGGAUUGGUGAAGAAAGAAGGAAAUGAUUCCAAAGAAAAUAAUGGGCAACAAGACGCACAUGAUUCUAUCGAUUUUGCAUUAUCAAUUCUACAAGUCAGUAGUCAUAUAAAGUACGAAAAGACAAAACAUAUGUUCAAAGAAAGUAAUUCGUAUGACAAUGGUCUUGGGGAUAAUAUAUAUGAAAAAAAAAAAUCCAUGGGAAAUACAUACAAAGGUGAAACAAUUGAAUUAGAAGAAGGAUUAAAUGCAGAAACAGGAAUAGGAGUAAACGUUCUCAGUGGAAGCAAAGAUACAGAAAGCAGACCGACCAGAAUUAGAGUAAAAAUAGGAAUAAACUCAGGAAGAAUUAUUGCAGGUGUGGUUGGGUCUAAGAAACCGCAAUAUGCACUAUUUGGUGACACUGUUAAUACAGCAUCUAGAAUGAAAACUACAGGAAAGCCAGAUUACAUACAUAUAUCAGAAGCUACGUACAAUUUGGUUAAAGAUGACAAAACAUUGAUUUAUGAAAAGAAGGAAACAGAAAUUAAGGGGAAAGGUAAUAUGACGACAUAUCUAUUAACAUCUGUGAUUGGAUUGAAUUAUCCAUUUUUAGGAGAUGCACUAGAUGAAAAGAAUCAUUUCUUAUCAGAAUUUUAUGCUGAUAGCAAUGAAAUAAGUAACAAUAUAAGUCUAGACCCCAAACAGAAUAUUUUAGGGUGUUAUUCUAAUCAAAUUAAUCAAAAUAAUGAAUACACUAUAAAUGAUACUAUAUAUAAUGAUGAAAAGAGUUUUAAUAAUUCAGAUAAUGACACAAACAAAGAUUAUGUAAAUUUAAAAGAUUUAUCACUUCAUGAUUUACCUACUGAACAUAUAAGAGAUGUUAAUACCCACUAUUACGAGAUUAUAAAAUUGAGAAAUUUAAAAAUAGGUACAGCUGUUGGGCAUCAACUAAAACAUAAGGAUAUUUUCAAUAUGACAUUCUUAAAUAAUGGUAUGAACAAUGAAACUACAACAAAUUUUAAUCCUUACAUUGAAAGUAGUAAAGAUUUGGAUGACAUAAAAGAGUUAGAUGUCAAGAUGAAUAAACUUUCUCUAAGUGACUCCUUAUAUUAUUUAAAUGAAAACUUAAUAAAAAAAGAUCAAGAAAAUGAUAAUCAUCACCCCAUAAAAUCUGAUACUCAAGAGUUAACUGAACAUCAUAGUAAACAGCAUAUGAGGAACACCAUGAUGCAAUUCAACAAAGAAUUUCAAAACAGUAAUGAAGAUGAUUAUAAGAAUAUCGAACUAUGUACUAGUAAGUGUAAUAGCUGUGGUGAUAAUUAUUGUAUUCCAAAUAAUUGUAUCAAUUAUGAUCAUGUGAAUCAUGUGUCAUAUCAUAAAAUGUUAAGUAAUAUAAGGAAGAAUUAUCUUAAAAAUAUAAGAAACGAUGCAAAAAAGGAUGUUGAUAGAAAUGAAGAACAGGGUGGAAUAGGCCUUAAAAGAAAUUUAUUAUCCCCUUCAAAUAUUUUUUCAUACUGUUCAAAGAUUUUUACCUUCUUUGGAAGAAAAAAGAAAAGAGAAAGACAAGAAUGUUACAGUAAGAGUCGCAAAGUGGACAACUAUAGAACGGAACAACAAGUAGACGAGAAGGAGACAAAAUCAAAAAGUGUUAUGUCACUAAACAGGGAAUGGAUUUUUCUGAAAUUUAGUGACAAAAAUUUAGAGGCAAAAUAUAGAGCACAUUUUUAUAGUAACAAAUCGAAUAUUAAUUCAAUAGAACAAGCUUUAAUUAUUUUCUUGGUUACUUUUGUUAUGCAGACGUUAAUUUCUAGUACUGUUUCCAUUGUAUUUGUUGAUCACAAGCUAGCUACUCAGACAUUAGAAGUAAACUAUUUUGCUUAUUGGUCUGUGCGGUCUUUAUAUACCUAUUUUGGUUUUAUUCUUUGGCUACUUUUUCAUUAUAGAACUAGACCUGAAGUUUCUUCCUUAUUGAAUGUAAAAUGGAUGAUAUUUUUUUUAAAUUUAUUAUUUAUAUCUGCUGCAUGCAUCUUUUCCAUUGCAUAUUUAUGGGCUAUUUCAGAGAGGGAUCAAACAACUUCUUACACGAUUUGGAUGACAAAUGAUACAAUUGAAUUUUUUUUUUACCUUGUUAUAUUACACCAUAAUACAGGAAUGCUAUUUCAGACAUGUAUAUUAGUUGAUCUGUUAUUCAUCACAAUGUCCCUAACAUUUAUAUCAACAAGCGUAGUAAAAACGUUAACAACUGAUUCUACAAUUAUGCUUAUCCCAUGGUAUGUAACAUUUAACUUAAUAUCUACCUACUGUAAAGAAUCUAUAGAUAGAAGAACAUUUUAUGCUAAUGAAAGUGCAAAGAAGACAGAAAACAGAGCAACAGAAUUGCUUAAUGAUAUGCUUCCAAAAAAUGUAUUAGAUGAAUUUCAACAAGAUAGAUUGAAAUUAGCAUAUACACAUGAUAGAUUAACUUUUCUCUUUGCUGAUAUUUGUGGUUUUACUUCAUGGGCAAACGGAGUAGAUGCAUCUGAAGUUUUAACAUUAUUACAAAAAUUGUUUGCAAAAUUUGAUAAUGAUAGUACCAAAUAUGGGCUAUACAAAUUGUGUACUAUUGGUGAUGCAUAUGUAGCUAUAAGUGAACCUGUCACAGAAGAUAAUCAAGACUAUGAUCCAGUUGAUGGAACCGAAAGGGUAUUGGAAAUGGCAUAUUCAAUGAUUAGAAUUAUAAAAGAAAUAAGAGAAAAAUUAUCUAUUCCUAAUCUAAAUAUGAGAAUUGGAUUACAUUAUGGUUCAUGUGUCGGAGGUGUUAUUGGGUCUGGUCGACUCCGAUAUGAUUUAUGGGGAAUUGAUGUGCUUACCGGGAAUCUCAUGGAAAGCAAUGGAAUACCUGGAAAAAUUAACGUUUCUGAAACUUUGAAAAAUUUUCUAUUGCAACAAUUUAAAAAUAGAUUUAUAUUUAAGCCACAUACCACAGUUCGAGUAAUUUACAAGGAUGUCAAAUCUUUUAUCAUAACUGAUAAAAAAGAAAUCGAUGCUUCUAAUAACUCCCAAAACUUACAUAAUAGAGGAUAUUUACUUAACCGAAAAAUUAAAAGACCAAACCAUUUAGAUGCUAACCUACUAUUUGGAGGCAGAAAACGAAGUAGUUUCAAUUCAUCAAUGUGUAAUUCUAACUCUUUUGAUAAUACACAAUCAGCAAAGAAAGAUUUGUAUUACAUCAAUAUGAAUGAUGCAGAAUCGAAUUUUUAG